GAGGAGUUUAAUGACGUUGUUCCACGCAGCAUCUGACGUCAUCCAAUGUAAUUUAUAGGAAGGAGACCGUUACCAGAAAAUGUCUUCAGACUAGGUACUUACAGGAAUGGCUAAUAGAGCUCGUCUACCUCGCUAAAAUACCACGGCUAGCGUAGUAACCGUGUCUAAAUCCCACACUGGCCUCAUUCCGCACGUUGAGUGUUUUUCCCGCCGACCUUAGAGCUGCUUUUCCGCUGUUACAUAAAACCUCUGAACAUUGCCAAUGUGGAACAGAGCUGAUCCUGACGAUGGGUACCAGUCUUCUAAAACAGGUUCAAAUAGCGGAAUCUCUCCAGGAUGUGUCGCCAGCCAUGAAUCAACCUGGCACAGCAAGCAGCCCAGUGUCUUCCGACGUCGACACAGCAGUGUGUCAGACAGUGGCGAUACCGGCAUUGGUACCUGCUCUGAUGGCGUGGAAGAUGACUCCAGCUCAAGCACCACACCUUCAUCUCUGCAGCCACAAUCCCGCCGUCACUCUGGUCAAGAGGAUGCGUUUGGCAGCAGCAUCCCCGUCGGCCAUGUCAAGCCAUCCCCUUGCACCUCAUCCUACAGCAGCCUGAAAAGGAUACCCUCACCCAGCAGCUCAGGUCACUGGAGCAAGUCUUGCCAGUUGCUCCCUCCAGCUAGUUCUCCUCUCAGUGCACCGAGUAGUGUGGACAUGAGGGACCAGCAGCCCAUCCGGAGGUGGUCUUCUCUAACUAAGUUGUCAUCCGGGGCUGAAAAGGGCUCCAGUCGGACGUCAGUUCACCAGCACAACACAGAUUCACAUGGCUCUCUAGACAGAGGACUGCUGUACGGCUACAGAAAGGAACCACGUGGUUUAAAUGGGGACCUUUAUUUACCUUUAUCUUCCUCCUUACUCUGUCAUAGCUUGUUGCAGCGCUCACCUGGCGCCGGUCCCUGCUACUGGAGCCAACAUGGUAGUAAAUCCACUGGUUUUGAAACAGACCUGUCUCUUUCCUCAACCCUAUCCUCACCCGUUAAACAGAGCAGUUUGGACAUGAACUAUGGUAGUCUAGCAGAGGCUAAGCUGGCUCUGGGAGGUGGUCAGGUUCAUUGCUUUGGUUCACCACAGCAAGCGGAGUCCCCUCUUAGUCACCGGGUUGACAGAGACUCUCCCAUUCAGCCGGCCGUCCGUACUCAAAUGUGGCUGACUGAGCAGAUGGAGUACAGCUCUAAAGUUGAGCAUGGAGGAGAACUCGGCCAGUUCCUCGGUACCGGAGCAAAGGUCUGUGGUGGAAAUGGAUUCUCGCCCUGGCAAGGACCAACACUUGAAGCAGGAUUGCAGGACCAGAUGCUGCAGGGGACAUCCCAGAUGAUCAACACGCUGGUGAAGGUUAAAGAGGGAAUGCUGAGACAAAGAGAGUUGGAGAUAGACAGGCAGAAUCAGCAGAUCCUGCAGCUCCACGCCCGCAUUCGAGAGAAUGAGCUGAGAGCCCAGCAGGUGCUGCACAGUCAGAGGUGGUUUGAAGACCCUCAGAUUUUGCAGAUGAAGGAGUCGGUGAAGGAAGUGGCAUCUGAUCGGCUGAGCUGUCGUGAAGAACUCGGCAGGAAACUGGCAGUGGCUGAACUGGAAGUGCUCCACCUUAACGAGCUUUACAAGCAAGCCACUCAGAAAUAUACAGAAGACCUCAGGAAACUGGAAGAAAAGAUAAAGACGAGGGAUCGUUACAUCAACAGCUUAAAGAAGAAAUGUCAGAGGGAGAGUGAACAGAACCAGGAAAAACAGCAACGUAUAGAAACUCUGGAGAAGUACCUCGCGGAUCUGCCAACGCUGGACGAGGUGCAGGUCCAGACCCUGCAGCUGGAGGAGGUGCAGAAGAAAGCCGAGGACCUGGAGAAGAAGAUGUGUGGCAUACAGAAGGACCUAGACGACUGCUGUGGUCUGCUGAGAGACAAAGACGUCAAGAUUAGGACACAAGACAGGAGAGAGAAGGAGCUGAUUGCAUCUGUACAUAGCCUGCAGCAGAAGGUGCAGCAGUGCUUGGAGGACGGUGUGAGGUUGCCUGUGUUGGAUCUGAAGCAGCUGGAGGAAGAAAACGCUGAGCUUCUGGAGAAGCGCGACCAUAGCAGCAGGCUCAUCGAGCACCAGAAAGGACAGAUUCAUCGACUGAGCUCACACGUAAAGGCAAUCAGUGCAAGACUACACAAGGGACGAAGUCUUUCACACGUUUGUCCUCCUGAGGGCCAAGAGAGUCCGUCCAUUGAGUCUUCGGCCUCGCCGCAGCCACAGGCGGGUGACGGGCUGCGGGAGCGUUCUCUGUCCCACGCGGAGAUGCCACAAGUGGGACGGCUUCUGAAAGAGAUGUCCCUUUGUUUGCUGGACCUUCAGGCUCUCUGCAGCAUCUUGGCUCAGAGAGCUCAAGGAAAGGAGCUCAACUUGUCUCUGUUGCUGCAAAUGACGUCGUUGAACAUUCCCGCAGAGGAAAGCAAGUGCGGGGAUGUGCAGGAGGAAGAAGCCAAGUUGAAACUGACGGAGGUGGGCCAGCUGAGGAAAGGCGUUGAGGAGCUGAGGAAGAACAUUGCGGACUGCUACGCACACUACGUGGUGGACAGCAGGGCCAAGAAGUGACGGGAAAUUGUUGGUGGUGUUCAACUCUAUGCAAGCACAUGAAGGCCGUUUCAAUUCAAACGCAAUUUUCCCUCAUCCAGGUAAACUCACUAUGGCUAUGAAUGCAUAAACCAUGCUGAUGUGUCAGCAUUUUUCACACGAGACAUCAACUCAAAGUAGAUCACCUCCGGAAUAUAGUACACCUAAUUUCACGUGAAAGCAUUGGCUUCAUUAUGUGAGUAGUUAAUUACUCAAUAAUUCGUUUUUUAGAUAUAAUAAAUAAGGCAUAAAGACUAAUAUUUUCAGGUAAAAAGUUGUAAUAUUAUAACUUGGGGGUAGUGUCCGCAGCACCUUUUCGAAAAGCUUUGUUCCCCUCUAAUUUGUACCGUCCAAAAACAAUGUUACGCUAUACUGUAUUAAAACAAGACACUUUGUAGCACUAGGACCAAGCGGAAAACCGCUCCAGCCGAAGCCGGUUUACAUUUAAGACCGCCCACAAAAGCUCAUCAAUUGGCUCAACUGAUUUUUUUGGCUCGGGUGUGAUCGGCCAUCCCCGCUGUCACUCUAUGUGCACGUGGACUUGCCCACCGGUGUCUUCGUUAGCUAGCCAUAGCCCGUUACAUGUUGGACGUUUCUUGUACCUGGGUCACGUCAGCUAGACAGUCUUUAAUAUCAUUUAAUGUAACGUGCGUGUGUACGUGUGUUUGAUUCCCCCUUCACACCUCAGUCACCAGUUGUCCACGUAGCGAAAGGGGAUGGACUAAUUUGAAAUAAUGGUGGCUGAGGAGAAACCCCUAGCGGUGGAAAAUAGGGAGCAGGUGGAGGAGGCGCUGGUAAAUAUUACUUCCUGGCAAGUGCGCAUCGACAUUACUAUUCUGUCAACAUUAGCAGCCUCAGGAACUGAGAACACAGUAUACUUACUGACGUGUAUGUCAUAUCUCUUAUAUGAGGGACACAUGCAAGUUUUCUUUAGUCACAACUCACUGUAACAACCCAGGCAUUUUCGUCUCUUCGGCAACACUCGGGCCGACUCGGCGCAACACUUCCUGUGGUCCGGUAAAGUUUGGUCUUCAAAAUAAAAGCACGCCAGCAAACUAUAACUAUAACGGAGUACAGUAUUCCAUUAACACAGCACCACGGUUUUCCCAAUCUACCAGAUGUUAAUGGGUGCCAGUAGUAUCUUUUGUGUAUUUCUGUGACCUUUUACGGUUUGUGUGCAAAUAAGCUUACAUAUGUUUUAUGAAUGGGUGAAGUCUUCCACCCAACUGAUAGUAUUUGCCAUUAUUUCCCUAAAUCAAUUUAGCAUCUAAAUCACAGUAAACCUUCAACUAAUAAAUGUGCCCAAGGAAUAUUUUACUUUGUUCCAACUAGCAAUCAAGUAACUGGUUGUAUGUGCUUUACAUUGUUCAUCUUAUCUUCUAACGUCAUUGAACCCAAAUACUUAGCAACACAAACGGUUCAGUCAUGUUUGACUAAUAUUCCUAUUUUAAGGGAUUAUUUAUUGAAUGGUUGCAGCUUUUUACAUACUUAUGUAUGUACUUACUUACAUUUGUUUAGACGUUCAUUUGUUUGGCAUCAUGCUAACGUCUUUCAAUUCUAUGCUUUCUAUUAAAGCCAAUUGAAACAAAAGCAUUGCUAUGUUUUUGUUUGUUUGUUUUUUUGGUUUAUAAAGCGUAUAACAUCGAUGAUAUUUAUGAUUGCUUAUUCCAACUGUGUUUUGGUUAUUGUGAUCUGUGUGUUUUUAAGGAGGCACAGUAUGAAUUGUUUUGGGGGGGGGGUUUCCCACUUUUCUUCCACUCUUACUGCAACAAAGUACUAUUUGACAUAUAUAGGAAUGUAUAUUCAUGUGUACAUACAGUAAUCCCUCGUUAGUUUUAGUCACCUCCCAUUAGCUAAUCUAGUUGAAAAUAAGACAUAAAUACGGUAAUAUAGACUCACACUAUGCAGUGGCUAUUGUCUCAUCAAUGUGACAUUACUGACCCCUAGUGACCAGUGUACAAUGCUACAUACAUUUCUUUGAAUGCAUUUUCUGAAUGCCUUAUAUUUGUAUUCUACUUUGUCAUUUUCAUGCUUGACAAUGCUGAAUUCAGGCAUAAAAUUCAUAUGCACAUUUUUUGACUAAGAGGCUAUAUUUAACCACACAACUACCAUGAUUUAUUAAUAUAGUCUGAAAAAACGUAAAGUGUGAAGCCGUGAAAUUCAAAGCGUGAUGUCACACGGGACGGCAGUAUAUUAAUAUGAGACUAUAAAACACACAUUCAAAGUAUUCACCACUGGUCAGCAGGUGUCAGUAAUGAUACUGUAAUAUUCAGCAAUGAUAGCCAGAACAGGCUUUUAUUGCAGGGUUGAAUUAUAAUACCUAAUAAAAACACGGCUGCCGUUGCGGCUGUCACCCACGUCAAGCUAAAACUUUCCUUCUUGUCCACCCCCCCACUCAGCUCGCCUAGCACUGGAAGACAUUUACAAUAAUAACAUACACAAGCACAAGUCUUAUGU